GUAGCACGUGUCUUACCGUGGCGUUGUUCCUUAGUUCCAGCAGUGAUCCGAGUACUAACUCGUCGUGCUCUCUCGUGAUUGUGUGUCCCCUCGUGGUAGUGGUAUUCCGAGAAGCCUUCAAGUGGCGCGCGCGCGCACGACGUUGAGUCGGCAAAAACUUUCACUACUUUCUCAAUACACACACGGUUGGGUGUUGCUGGUGUGUUGGUGUUGAUCCAAGAGGACGGAACUCGCUUGAAGAAGUGUUCGGAGACCGGUUUCGCCUCGGCGCAGUGCCAAAGGAAGAGCCUCGUCAAACUCCCCCAAAUCCGGCUGGCGGACUCAUUAGUGUGUAAAGUGGAGUUGUUUGAAGCUCUAUUGGCAUAGCUGUAGUGGUGGUUGUGCAUUGUUUGGAGUCGCUGAGCAUCAUCAACAACAUCAACAACAAGAUCAACAGCCUUGGCCAGUGGCCAGUAAGAUCGUGAGACAGCCGUGCAGAAUGGUCGAGUAAACGUCGCUUCCGGAGGCUGAGUGAGUUGGUGAGCAGAAGAAGAAGAAGAAGAAGCUUUUUACGGUCCGAAAUUCGCCAAUCGUAAGACAAAUGAGUCAAUUAGUGAACCCCAGCGAACAACAGCGAGUCCGCGGAGUUUAAGGGAUAGUCGUUGAAAGUGGGACUUGAGUGAGAGUGAAAUCUAAUCGCGAAGAAAGUGGCGGUCGUUUGUGAGUGUGUUCUAAAAACUCAAUUUAUAAGUAGUUAGGGUUUAAUAAGGGAGGAAGAAGAAGCGGGCAGCAAGACAGCAAUCAGGUGCAUCGACCGAUAUGGUUGCGAACCUGAUCUCCGGCGGCGUUCAUUCACACCGACAUUCAUCUCCAGUCGGUGGCGACAAAAACGCUCCACGGCGAAGAAACAUGGUGGUCAGUAGGGCAGCAAGUGGAUCAUCUCGGUGGCCACUGAUAGUGCUCGUAGCAUCGUGGUGCCUCGUGGCCACUUUGGCCGCUGAAGAAAGUGCCACCAGCUCCGUCAUUGUCGAUCUAAACUACCUCAACCAGACCAUAAUCAGCGACGGGGACGAAAUUGGCAACCUGACCAUCACCCCGUCUCUCAACCCGGAACCGGCCACGUCCCGCGCAAACAAGCGACCUCUCUUCUCGACCGGAAACAAACUCUGGGACUCGUUGAUCGCCGAGUGCAUCAAGAAGCCCACCUUCGCGUGCAUCCAGAAGAACGUGUACAGCUUCCUCGGCGAGUCGCUGGACGUGGGGGACUUUAACGUGAGCAACCGGCUGGUGUUCACCAGGAACCGGGUCGAUUUCACCAAGUACACCCGCGAGGCCAACGAGGAGGAGCAGCAGCACGAUGAAGAGGUCGACAACGAGAUUCCGGAUGCGAGAGGAGAUUUCGAGCCAACAUCCCCGAUCGAAGAGGUCACGACGGCGCUGCACGACAAAACGGUCAAGUUCAUGCUGACCCACGACGUCAACAUCCGCAUGCCGGAGGUGAUGUUCGACGGUGCCAUCUUCCGCAUCGAGCCACGGUCCAUCGAAGGAAACGGCAUGCUUGCCAAGCUGGAGUUUGUGCCGCGAACGGCCGUCCAGGCCCGGGCCGAUGCCACGCCGAGGAUUCUCUUCAAGAAGAUAAAGAAAUUUUUCCAGGGAAAACUGCUGCUCGCGUUCCUCGCCGUCAUACUGAUCAUCAAGAUCAUCAAGAUCAAGGUGAUGUGGCUGCUUCCGCUGCUGGUCGGCGUCGGCACGGCCAAGAAGCUGGUGCUCAAGUUCCUGCUGUUCCUGUUCCCGGCGCUGUCACACAUCUUCAAGCUGUGCACGUACUACCACCAGUCGUACCACAAGCCCAACUUCCACCAUCACCACCACCAGAUCAAGCACCUGCACACGUUCUUCCCGCACGAACACGGCAGCCACAACCUGCCCGAGCUGAUCUACACGAAGCCUCCGACGGGCCACCCGGCCGAGUACAUCCAUGGGGCUCCGGUGCCACCGCAUGCCCACUUCCAGCCGGAGCUGCACUACGAAACGUCGGGACCAGGGUUGGGAUCGGAGUUCAUUAGCGAUAGAAACUCUUACGUAGACAACUCGUUCAAGCCACGGUACGAGGACUUGAACGAGAUCAAUGCAUGGGGCUUGGGCUCGACACCUGCACCGUCUCAGCUGCAACAGCAAUCAUCUUCAUCACCACAAUCGGGCACGGGUCACGGCCAUCACGGUCACAGCAGCAAUGUAAAUCCACUCACGCAUCAUCAGCCCAGAAUCGUCGUCCCGAAGCCCGUGUACGGUCCCCCGCCAUCGUCCGCCUACGGACCACCCGGAUACUCGGCCAAACGCAAUCCGACCGGUGCGGCCAGCUCAAUUGCGGCCACAUACGCAUCAGCCCCCACUGCGGAAGAGCAACUGGUGCGUGAGGCCCAGCGGCAGGAAGCGUACAGGAUAGCCCAGGAGCAGAAGCUGAUCGCGAAACAGCAGCAGAUCGUGAACCAGCAGGCCUACGCCCAGGAGGGCGUCACGCCCCGGCCCGUGGAUCCGUUCUACAGCCCGAUCCUGGCCCGGCUCGACAAGGUGUUCAACUCGCUCGGCAUCGUCGAAGAGAACUGCCGGGAGCGGCUGGUGUGCGCCAUGUACAAGUCCCCGAUCAAGUACAGCCCCCACAGCAACUACGUGUCGGCGGAACUGAGCAGGGACGCAACGGAGCUGCAGAAGCCAACGGCGACGAACGCUGCGGUGAUUCGGUUCUACCGGUACGUGCAGGCCGCCCGGGAUGGCCAGGACCAGCGGGACUGUCGGCAGGUUUACUCGCUCUGUACAAUCAACAUUGACAAGAAGAAGAAGUAAAAAGGCUGAGGGCUGUCAAACGGAGAUGAAAACGGUUGCUCAACAAAAGUGUGGAUUACCUCAGUGCAAAAAGCAAAAACACUUCAAACAGUGACUUAGUUAAGGGGUGAAAUACUGAAGUACUUCAGAAAAGUCUUGCAAUUUCAGUGGGAAUAAAAACUUAGCCUAGCAUUUCAUUCACAAUCGAUACGAAACAAGGACAUGCAACGGAUUUUCGGAACACAACUCGCACAGGAAACUAACCUUAACCAGACCUUAGAACAAGCCACGACUCGUAAGUGUAAAUAACUAGCCAAGACGGGAUAUACGUAGGAGACAAUUAAACACAACCUAACGCAUAAGUCAAACAAAAAAAAUGUUUUCAGUAGAGCUACACAAGCUAAGCAUUACUAGUUCUAACCAUAGGUCUUUGCUGUUCAACACACACACAUACA